UUUCCCCCAAAAAGUAAGGAAAAACGUCCUGCGAGAGAAGGACGGUGCCAAGCGUACGUUUGAAAGUAGUGUAUCAGACUCCCAAGACGUAAAGAGAAGAAUAGUCGUAGAGUAAGACAUUUUUUAAAACGGCUUUCUGUCGGUGCCUGGCUGCAUAUUCGGAUAUAAUUUUCUAACUCAGGCUUCAAAAGUGGAGACCGUUUUUUAUUCGAUAUCCUUGCAUUUCUUUAAACGAGAAAUGGAAGAGGGCUCAAGUUCUCCCAUCUCCCCUGUGGAUAGCCUAGUGACCAGCGAGGAGGAGUUGGACAGACAACAGAAAAGAUUUGGAAGGAAGAGGAGACACAGUAAAAAGACGAGCGAAGACAGCAGUCCGGGUUCCGUGAAACGGGGCAAAAAAACGAGUCCAAGCAGCAAUCAGUCCUACGAGGAGUUGCAGAACCAGCGGUGCCUGGCCAACGUCAGGGAGAGGCAAAGGACACAGUCGCUCAACGAAGCCUUCUCGUCUUUACGCAAAAUCAUCCCCACUCUACCCUCGGAUAAACUGAGCAAGAUCCAGACACUAAAACUGGCCUCCAGAUACAUAGACUUCCUCUAUCAGGUGCUGCAAAGCGAUGAGAUGGACAACAAGAUGUCGAGCUGCAGCUACGUUGCGCACGAGAGACUCAGUUAUGCGUUCUCUGUGUGGAGGAUGGAGGGCGCGUGGUCAAUGUCUGCAACGCACUAGCACCCAAAGCCCUUCACUCAUUGCCAAAGCGACUGUUUACUUCUACAAAGUAUGAAGACACCAAAUCUAUUGAAGAACCCACGAACCUCAGAAACAUUGUCAAGAGACGUAAAUGUGACACACAGCUCUCCCGGAGUGCGUUGAGUGCAAUUACCUAACACAUGGAACAGUGUGAAAAGGAGUCAAAAUAACCUUGAAUAUCAUGUUGCAUACUCAGACAGUGUUGUCAGACAGUGUGGUAUGACGCUGGUGCAUUAUCACGUUGUUUUAAUGUCGGUGAUGAUAGUAGGAAAAGCCAUAUUUGAUAUUUUGGGGGGGGAAAUUAUAUUUCGUUCUGUUUUUAAAAACAAUACAUAGAAGUAUAUAAAUGUUUCUUAUUGUACAUACCUGUAAGUAUCUUCAGCUUGUAAGGGACCAAUGCAAUUUAGAAUACGUUAUUGAAGUACGCUCCAUGGAUGUUCAACUCCGUUUUUUUUUUGCCUAUUUAUUAAAACACAUAUUUUUGAAUGAUGAAGUUGAGCCCUUUGAUUUAUGUUUCCAUAGAAUACCGUAGCAAUUGUGCCAUUAUGACAUAUGCUAUAUCCCCUAUAUUAUAUAUCAAUCUAAAUAAUUCCAGUAGGCUACAUAAAUAAAAAAGUUUAAACUCAAAUAAACUGAGUAAAAAACAUACCCUUUUUUCUCCUGAUCGUUUUGCAUCUUGUUUGAGAUUUAAUUAAGAAAAACAAUUGCAUUAUUUCUUUGUGACUGUAAAAAAAUCCACGACACUACUGUGUGAUAUGUGUGACUAUUGUUACUCGCUAAUGACUAGUGUUACUCGCUAACAGUGUUUGUUUGAGGAAGGGUCUCUGCCAUAUUUUCUCCGGAUAAUUUCAUAGACUAGGCGAAAACAAACACUCCUUUCACUGCUUAGUGUGAGAUUUUGUUGAGCUUUUCUUUCUCCUCUUGUUGUGGAAAAAAAAAAUCACCCGCUAAAAACCGUCAAAUUAAAACUGCCGGGCUUUAUUAACAGCGGGGGUAAUUCGAGCCAGUUUCAAACCAAAGGCAUAUAAAAGUAUUGUCCGCCUUAAUAACAACGUAAUCAUUUAAAUAGCGAUGCCGUGAGGGGAAUUCUUUAACGAGCAAGGGAGCCCGAACAACCGCAGAUAACGACAAUAACUAUCGCGCAGCUUUUAAAUACCGGGCCCCUGGUAGACCUCUUAAUUUUCCCUUUCAAUCUAACCCACACACUCUCAAAGCAUACAAUUGUUUACAUUCCAUUUUCCCAGACUUGGUUAAGAUAUACAUCUCUAAACAGUGAAAGGACCUUAUUGUUAAACACAGUUUGCACAGUGCGGGUCACUCAGUGCAAGUUCAGCGUUUUGGCAUUCAUUCCACUAUGACAAACCCUUGCUAUAACGUUGCUGUUGACUUUUAUUGUCUUGUAUGCCCAUUGUCAAAUUAUAGGGUUAUUGUCAUUUUGAAAAAGGUGCCAGGCCUACAAAAACGUUGAAUUUCACUGCAUGGCGCCUUCGGGAAAUAUCAUGAAAAUGACUUGUAAUAAAAGCAAACUCACCUAUGGUGGUUAACCAUGAUGUUAAGGCAUGUAAGACGAAUUCCUAUUUUGAUAGCGAUGCCUCAACAUAGAAGCCUGACUGCAAGCUACUGGCAGACAUACACCAAACAACCUGAAUUAAACUUCAAGAUGAGUGUUCAAAUCCUGGUGGAGGAAAUCUGGCAGCGUUUUGAAGUGGAAGCACCUGCGAUGUACAGUCAUGUUCUCCAGUUGUGAUGCUCUUGGAUGCUGCAGUAGGCUAGCCUUUAGCAUACUCAAAUAUGAAGCUGUUACGUGAAGUCACAUAGGCCUAUCUAUUUCCCAUCCAGUAGCCCUAGGCCCAUAUUCAUUGCACGCACCUGUUCAGGGCCUCGUUUCUCAGAGACUUCGUAGCGUUAAGAUCAUCGUUAGAACGUUCUUACCAUGUAGCCGAAGUGUUUUCUCUAGGAGCUGAUCCGUCGUCACUAUUGUGGAAUAAUUAUAAUGUUUAAGGUAAGAUUUGAAUGGAGAAAGCUGAUCCGAGAGCAGCGCUGCUUUCUUUUGAUCCUAUCUAUCAGUACAGUAUCAACACAUGGUUUAAUGCACUUACCAAGUGUUCUCUCUACUUGCUUGUUUGGGAAACACUUGAAAAAUAAAGAUGCAUCUGGUAUGCUCAUCUUACAUCUCAGCUGGAAAACGAGACCCCAUUCAAUUAAAGCAAGCAGAAUAAACAAACUUUUUUACAUUUAUUUUAUAAUAAUGCAUAUUUAAGCACAAAGGGCCGAGGUGGUGUAGUAUAUUGCCAAUAUACCAUGGCUAAGGGAUGUUCUUAUGCAUAACACAAUGCGGCCCUUAGCGUGAUAUAUUGGCCAUAUAUUACAAACCACCGAGGUGCCUUAUGCUGUAAUAAAACGGGUUAUCAAUGUAAUUAGCAGUAAAAAUACAUGUUUUGUCAUACCCAUGGUAUAAGUUCUGAUAUACCACCCUGUUAAUAAUUAUCAAUAUAAUAUCAAUAUGUAAUUUAACAAUAGCACAGAUGUUUAGCCUUCUUUGAAUAACGUUUUGUCUAUCUUACAAUGAUGUAUAAUAUAAGCCUGGAGGGGUACAUUGUUUUGCAAUCUGUAUGAAUAAUUUGAAUAUAUGUGGUUCUGAUUGCAAUCAGAUAUAAAGUGGCAAUUAAAUGCUACAUGUUA